AUGAGGGCCUUUUCUGCCAAAUUCGCUCUUACUCUUCUUGUGGCUGCUCGACAAGGCCUAGCUAGCGUUACACAAGGCAUCUCUGGCGACAUUUAUAACCGUCUGGAUGAGAUGGCAACUAUCUCCAUGGCUGCAUAUGCAGAUUUAUGCAACAUUCCGGCCACCCUAACCACGGUGGGGAAGAUAUACAACGCCCAAACUGAUAUCAACGGAUGGGUUCUUCGCGACGAUAGUCGCCACGAAAUCAUCACUGUGUUUCGCGGCACAGGCAGCGAUACAAACCUGGCGCUCGAUACCAAUUACACUCAAGCUCCCUUUGACACGCUAUCUUCGUGUAAGGGUUGUGCCGUGCACGGCGGAUACUAUAUCGGAUGGACGUCCGUUCAAAAUCAAGUCGAGUCGCUUAUUCAACAGCAGACAAGCCAGUAUCCAGGAUAUACACUGAUAGUCACGGGUCAUAGUCUCGGAGCCUCUAUGGCAACCAUAACAGGCGCCCAAUUGUCCGCCCAGUACGGCAACAUCAGCUUAUACACCUUUGGUGAACCAAGAUCAGGCAACCAAGCCUUCGCAACCUAUGUCAAUGGUGCCUUCAACGCGGAAAGUCCCGAGACAACCCAGUACUUCCGGACCACCCAUGCCAAUGAUGGCAUCCCAAACCUGCCCUCAACAGACCUAGGCUAUGUGCAUGGUGGUGUGGAAUACUGGACUGUUGACCCCACUAGCCCUCAGAGCACCUCUAUCUGCACUGGGGAGGCAGUUCAAUGCUGCGAAGCUCAGGGCGGACAGGGUGUAAAUGCUGCUCAUGUUACUUAUUUCGGAAUGACUAGCGGAGCUUGUACUUGGUAG